UAAAAGAUAUGAUAAGAAUAAAAAUUACUAUUGAAACAAAGCCCAUGUUAUAUGCUCAUACAGAAAUCAGAAAGCAAAUCUGGAAUCCCAUCAACAAUGGCAGAAGUAGCAAAGAAGUAUGCAGUUGUUACAGGUUCAAAUCAAGGGAUUGGAUUUGGAACAGUUAGAAAGUUGGCUUCAAAUGGGAUCAUGGUGGUGUUAACUGCUUUAGAUGAGAAAAUGGGUGUUGAAGCUAUUGAAAAAUUGAAAGAGUGUGGCCUCUCUGACCUGGUGGUUUUUCAUCAACUUGAUGUAACAGACACUGCUAGCAUUGCUUCCCUUGCAGAUUUUGUCAAAACCCAAUUUGGGAAACUAGAUAUCUUGGUAAAUAAUGCAGGGGUUAGUGGAACCAUUGUGGACCCUGAAUCUAUGAGAGCUGCUGCAGCUGCAGGUAUUGGUAAGGAUGGUGUAGGAGUAAAUUGGAGUGAAAUAAUGACUCAAACGUACGAGUUAGCUGAAGUAUGUGUGAAAACAAACUACUAUGGUGCCAAGAAAAUGACCAAAGCACUCCUUCCUCUCCUCCAGCUAUCUGAUUCACCAAGAGUUGUCAGUCUUUCUUCCAGCAUGGGAUCGUUAAAGAAGGCUGAAGAAAUCGAUUGGAGUACAAUAUCGACAACACCAAACUACGAGUUAGCAGAGGAAUGCUUGAAAACAAACUACUAUGGUACAAAAAGUGUGACUGCAGCACUUUUGCCCCUCCUUCAGCUAUCCAAUUCACCAAGAAUCGUUAAUGUUUCUUCAGGAGCUUCUAAGCUAACGAAUUUUCCAAAUGCAUGGGCUAAGGAGGUACCAAGUGAUGCUGAGAGCCUUACAGAAGAGAGAAUAGAUGCUGUGGUUAGUGGGUUUUUGGAAGACUUUAAACAAGGUUCUCUAGAUUCCAAAAGCUGGCCUCCUAUCUUUCCACCCUAUUCAGUCUCAAAAGCAGCCGUGAAUGCAUACACUAGGAUUCUGGCCAACAGGUAUCCAAGUUUCUGCAUCAAUGCUGUCAGCCCUGGAUUUGUCAAAACAGAUUUGAGCUUCAAUACCGGCAUCUUAACUAUCGACGAAGGUGCUGAAAGCCUCGUCAGGUUGGCGCUGCUCCCCAGUGGUGGUCCUACGGGCCAUUACUUUAGCCGAAAAGAAGUGACACCUUUUUGAAUUUUCAUAGAUGAUCACAGGGGCCCUUCAUAUGUUUCAUG